AAAUAUGUGAUGUGCGAGCCCGUGGCAAUUUUGUCGUUGACAAAUCAAUACGGUGGGCACUUUCACUUUCACUUCGUUCUCGUAGUGGCCCACUGUUUCCUUCUUCUAUCUCUCUACAAACACACUUUUUAAGUGAUUCGUUCACAGAAACAUGGCUUCGUCGGUUCUCUCCGCAGCUUCGCACUCUGUCUCACCCUCAUGUUCUCUGUCCACCACGCACAAGGGAAAGCCCAUGAUUAGAGACAACACUUUGGGAUUCCACAGAGGACCCAAUUCCUUCUCUAGUUCAAGGUCUAGAGGUCGGAUCUCUAUGGCUGUUGCAGUUAACGUUUCUCGGUUUGAAGGCAUACCUAUGGCGCCUCCUGAUCCAAUUCUAGGAGUUUCUGAGGCAUUUAAGGUGGACAAUAGUGAUGUCAAGCUCAAUCUUGGAGUUGGGGCAUACAGAACAGAAGAACUACAGCCAUAUGUGCUUAAUGUUGUUAAGAAGGCAGAGAAUCUUAUGCUGGAGAGAGGGGAUAACAAAGAGUAUCUCCCAAUUGAGGGUUCGGCUGCAUUUAAUAAGGCAACUGCAGAGUUGUUACUUGGAGCAGACAACCCAGCAAUCAAACAGCAAAGAGUUGCCACUGUCCAAGGUCUUUCUGGAACUGGUUCUCUGCGACUAGGUGCAGCUCUGAUAGAACGAUAUUUUCCUGGGGCAAAAGUUUUGAUAUCAGCUCCUACCUGGGGUAAUCACAAGAAUAUUUUCAAUGAUGCUAGUGUCCCAUGGUCUGAGUACCGAUAUUAUGAUCCCAAGACAGUUGGCUUGGAUUUUGAGGGCAUGAUAGAAGAUAUAAAGUCAGCUCCGGAAGGAUCUUUUAUCUUACUUCAUGGAUGUGCUCAUAACCCUACUGGUAUCGAUCCAACACCUGAACAGUGGGAAAAAAUAGCUGAUGUAAUUCAAGAAAAAAACCACAUUCCCUUUUUUGAUGUUGCUUACCAGGGGUUUGCUAGUGGAAGCCUUGAUGAAGAUGCAGCUUCUGUGAGACUGUUUGUGGCACGUGGCAUGGAGGUUCUUGUAGCUCAAUCUUACAGUAAAAAUCUCGGUCUCUAUGCCGAAAGGAUUGGAGCAAUCAAUGUGGUUUCAUCAUCGCCCGAAUCUGCAGCAAGGGUAAAAAGCCAGUUGAAAAGGAUUGCCCGACCAAUGUACUCUAAUCCUCCAGUACACGGGGCUAGGAUAGUUGCCGAUGUUGUUGGAAACCCAGUUCUCUUUAAUGAAUGGAAAGCAGAGAUGGAAAUGAUGGCUGGAAGGAUAAAGAAUGUUAGACAGCAGCUAUAUGAUAGUAUUACUUCAAAAGACAAAAGUGGAAAGGAUUGGUCAUUCAUACUUAAGCAGAUAGGCAUGUUCUCAUUCACGGGCUUGAACACGAACCAGAGUGACAACAUGACAAACAAGUGGCACGUAUACAUGACAAAGGAUGGAAGGAUUUCCCUGGCAGGAUUGUCAUUGGCUAAAUGUGAAUACCUUGCAGAUGCUAUUAUUGACUCAUAUCAUAAUGUCAGCUGAAACUCUAUCAGAUAUUUUUGGUGAGUAUUAUACCAAUCGAGAGCGAUUGGCAUACAUGAAAAUAUAUGUACCUCAAAGUCCCUUAGGAAAUUUUGUAACUUUGAAACAAAUUGACUCAAAGUAUUGAUGCAUAAUGAGUCAGCUUCUCAGACUUAAAGCUAGUUGAAUCAAAGUACUGAUGCAUAGUGAGGAUGUUCAUCAUUUCAUAUGGGUGAGAUUGAAUAAAUCAUGGUUAACAAUAGUUUCGUUAGUCAUAUGUGCUUGAGUGGUUAGUACGUAUCUUCUUUUGUUAAAUCCUACUUUCAAUAUGAUCGAUUCAUUUAUGUUGA